AUGGAUCCUCGGCGGGGAAAGGAGAGGAGAACAUCUAAGAAAGCAGGAGCUGGGACCCCCAAAGGCUCCGCGCAGAGCGCGAGGGGCGGCUCGGAGAAGCCCGAGGCAUUUUCUCCCGCUUCCGGGGCUGCUAUUUCCUCCAGUGGCCGAUGCAGCCCGGCUGGGAAGUCAGUGCCCAAGAAGAGCGCCCGAGACCCCCAGAAGAUGCCCCCGGGGCCCGGGGCCAAGACGGCGCCUCUCCGCGCCGGGGACUCGCCGCCUUUGGGCGCCCCCAGCGCCGACGAACGCGAGAGGCAGAAGGCUCCCUCGGUCCCGCCCGAGGGCUCAGAGCCUUCUGCGUCCGCAGAGCCGCCGCUUCCCGUGGUGAGAUGCCGUCGCCCGAGGGGCACCGGUUCUCGCCGCGGAGGAGGCGCGGAUCCCGCCCUAGAACGGAGAUCGGCGCCAAGGCCCGAGGAGGUGGGGAGUCCCGGGAGAGAGUCGGCGUCGGGGUGGAAGCCCCGCCAAGUGCUGAAGAAUUUGAAGCUGAGCCUGGGUGAUAUCUCGCCGGCGGCAGAGGUGGUGAACCGGGUCGUCGACCACCUGCUGCGGCGCUUUCAGAGCAGCGAUUCCGAGUUCAAGGGCAUCUCCGUGCUGCACGCAGGAAGCUACUACGAGCGAGUGAAGGUAUCUGUUCCUAAUGAGUUUGAUGUCAUGUUUACACUGAAGGUCGAAAGAAUUCAGCUAGAUGAAUAUGGCAAUAGUGGUGCUUAUUAUUUUGUGAAGUUCAAAAGAAAUCCCAAAGGAAAUCCUCUGAGUCCGUUUUUAGAAGAGGAAAUAUUGUCUGCUUCUAAGAUGCUGAUAAAGUUUAGGCAAAUCAUUAAGGAAGAAAUUAAAAACAUUGGAGAUACAGAUAUAGUUGUGGAGAGGAAGAAGAGAGGGAGCCCUGCUGUAACACUUCUUAUUAGAAAACCUAAAGAAAUAUCUGUGGACAUAAUCCUGGCUUUGGAAUCAAAGAGCAGCUGGCCUGUGAGCACCCAGGAAGGCCUGGCCAUCAAUAACUGGCUUGGAGCGAAAGUUAGGACCAAGCUAAGACGACAACCUUAUUACCUAAUACCCAAGCAUGCAAAGGAUGGACGAAGUUUCCAAGAAGAAACGUGGCGGUUGUCCUUCUCUCACAUUGAAAAGUACAUUUUGGAAAGUCAUGGACAAUCUAAAACAUGCUGUGAAAAUGGGGGCAUGAAAUGUUGCAGGAAAGACUGUUUAAAACUAAUGAAGUACCUUCUAGAACAGCUGAAAAAAAAGUUUGAAGACCGCAAAGAACUGGACAAAUUCUGCUCUUACCAUGUGAAAACUGCCUUCUUGCACCUUUGUACCCGGGACCCAGAUGACAGCCAGUGGCUCCCCAGAGAUCUGGCCCUGUGCUUUGAUAACUUUGUGACGUACUUCCUGCAGUGCCUCAGCACACAGCAACUGAAGCAUUAUUUCAUUCCUGGAUUCAACCUAUUCUCUUCAGACCAAAUUGAAAGAGUAAAUAAGGAAUUUUUGUUUAGGCAAAUUGAAUAUGAAAGAAACAACGGAUUUCCAGUUUUUUGGAAUGAAUUUUGA